UUGAUCUUGUUUCUCUCAUUUUUCUUUUUAGUAUACAAAAAGAUCCCGCAAAAGAAAAGGACCACUGUGAAAAGAACAGACAAAACUUUGUCCGAAAGAAAGGUAAGAAGAAAUUUCCAACAUCGCAAUAAUGGAUCUAAGAAAAUGCCACGAAUGUCAAUCUCCUCUAAAAUAUACAAAAUUCUCAUCGAAAUGUUAUGCGUGCUACGAAGAUCACCAUGACAACAAGCAAGGCUACAAGUGUGAUUGCUGCUCGUUUUGUAUCCACGAGGAAUGCCUCAUCGCUAACCUGCCUUCUCGUCAUAAACACCCUCUCAAGGUCAUAAAUUGUGACUAUUACAAAGAGUUAUGUCGUCUUUGUGAAACCCAAAGGUAUCCUCAGAUACUUUAUCACUGUUCACAGUGUUCUUUUAAUAUAUGUAUCCCUUGUGCGAGAACACCUCUGAUCUUUGACCAAACAAAGGUGCAUGACCAUGCACUUCUCCAAGUAACUAUAAAACUCCCCUUCACUUGUGAUGCAUGUGGGUUGAGUAGUACUGAAUACCCGUCCAUUUGUCUUCAAUGUUGUUUCAUAAUCCAUCGAGCAUGCAUCUUCUUACCACGGGUUAUAUACAUCAACCGCCAUGACCAUCGUAUCUCUCAUGUCUAUUCUCUUGCCAAUGGGAAGUGGAUUUGUGGGGUAUGCUAUGAACAUGUUAAUGGAGACUAUGGAGCAUAUUCUUGCUCAGUUUGCUCUUACGUUGUUCAUUCAAUAUGUGCAACAAAUAAAAAAGUUUGGGAUGGGAGAGAACUUGAAGGCGUACCCGACGAAGAUGAAAAAGAAGAAAGCAAACCGUUUGAAGUGAUUAAUGAAGAGCUAAUAAAACAUUUUAGCCAUGAACACCAUCUUAAGGCUUCAUUAUCUUCCUCAAGACUCGAAGAACCAAGAGAACACUGCGAUGCAUGCACUCUUCCUUUUUAUUCUGAAUUGUGCUACAAAUGUACACAAUGUGAUUUUAUUCUGCAUAAUGAAUGCGCUAAUCUCCCUCUGAAGAAAAGACACGAGAUAAGCACACAAAAACUUACGUUGUGUGCCAAAAGCCAGCAUGGCGCAAACCCUAACAACCUGUUUUUUUGUGUUGCUUGUCUGCGUCAUUGCACCGGUUUCUCAUAUUUUCCUGAAAAAGACCCCACGUUCCUCAGCAUUGAAGGUUUUCAGCGUUUUUACACAGAUUUCUCAUAUUUUACUGAAAACCCAACGUUCUUCAGCAUUGAUGUGCGAUGUGCGUCAAUUUCUGACGCAUUUAAACAUGAAAGUCAUCCCCACUGGUUAUUUUUAUAUUUUAAUUUGUUUUACUCGACGUGUGAAGGUUGUAACUCGGAUUGUCGUUUUUUUCUACGUUGCAAGCAUACAUAUGAUUGUGGUGGCUGCAUUUUAUGCUUCACAUGCGCAACUUUACCCACAUUUGUAAGACACAAGUACGAUGAUCACCCUCUCUCCUUAUGCUAUGGUGAGAAUAAUGUGAAUGUGACAUAUUGUUGCGAGAUAUGCGAAGAGGAAGUAUAUUCAAAGAUUUGGUUUUACAAAUGCAAUGAAUGUGGCUCCACUCUUCAUACUAAAUGUGUAUUUAAAGAUCUAAUACACUCAAGACCAGGAUACAGUUUGGUGAUGGCUAACAAGGGGUCAUUUGAUUUGCUUCCAAACAAUCGUCUCUCUCGGCCGAUUUGCUAUUUAUGCAAGAUUCGUUGUAUGGGUGAUUUUGUUCUCAACAAAAAAGCAGAUUCAAAUAUAUUCAUAUGCUGUUCUUGUGGCUUUAGUUAUGAAUUUUUAUUUGAAAAUUAAUUUAUAGUUUGUAAAUACAUACUUUUAUGUCUCUUGUA